CAAAGGGAGCUGGCCACCACCUGGAGGAGUUUUCGGAGCUGUGGGCCACCAGUCUCCAGCCUCAACAUCUGGGGAAGGAGAACCUCGAAGCUCCCAUCAGGACAAGGUCACAGGGCCACUGAACCAGGUGUUCCCUGACCUGUAGUUCAUACGACUCAGCCAUCCAGCUUGGAGACAGCCCAGACUGACCAUACCAAGACUGUCUUGGACCAUGCAGCUGGUACUGCUGUGGAUUGUGCUCAUUACCUCAGGAAGUAUGGCCCCAAGCCAGGGGAGCCUGAUGCAACUAAGUAAAAUGAUUAAACAGGCAACAGGAAAAAGUGCUGUCUUCAGCUAUCUGAACUAUGGAUGCCACUGCGGACCAGGGGGCAAAGGUCAACCCCAAGAUGCAACUGACUGGUGCUGCAAGAUUCACGACUGCUGCUACCAACGACUAAAGCAGCAGAAAUGUGACGUCCUUGUGGACAGGUACAACUACAACUAUACUGACGGGGACAUCCAGUGCUGUGAGGGGAGCCAAUGUAAAAAGCAGAUUUGCUGGUGUGACAAGGAGUUUGUCCUCUGCCUGCAGCGAAACCUGGACAGCUACAGGAAGCGCUACCGUUUCUUUCGGAAGGCCCUCUGUCAAGACGAGAACCCAGAAUGCUAGAACGAGGCCC